AUGUGGGGAUUUCGCUCAUCGACAUUAGCGAACAUUUUUCUCUUCCUCUCAGUUGCCAUGAACUUUUCAGUAAGCCAUGUUUCGGCUUCCAAAAUAUUUCAAAAUGAGACUGAUCGUCUGGCUCUGCUUGAAUUCAAGAAUCAGAUAUAUGAUGACCCGUUUGGAGUGCUGAAUUCCUGGAACCAUUCACAACACCAUUGCCAGUGGGAAGGAGUCACUUGUGGUACUCGACACCCAAGGGUCAUAGCCUUGACUCUACGGCAUAAGCAGUUGUCUGGCACCAUAUCUCCUCAUGUCGGAAAUCUAAGCUUCAUGAGGUUCAUGGAACUUGGGGGGAAUCAAUUCCAUGGUGGGAUUCCCCAAGAUUUUGGUCACCUCUUCAGGCUAAGAGUUUCGAACCUGUCAGGAAGCGCACUCGGUGGAAAAAUCCCAGCAAACCUGAGCUACUGCUCAGAGUUGAUAACAAUUAGCCUGAGGGGGAAUAAGCUGGAAGGGAAAUUUCCCAUUGAUCAGCUAAGCAAUAUGAAGAAGCUUGAAAAUUUAAAUCUUUUGUCAAACAAUUUGACGGGACAGAUUCCCUCUUCCAUUGGGAACUUAUCAUCAUUGAUCCGAAUCGGUCUCGACUUCAACAAUCUGGAGGGAAAUUUGCCCAUGGAGAUGGGGCUCUUGAAAAGGUUGGUUCUAUUAGGAGUCGCUGGAAAUAAACUAUCUGGUAUAAUCCCUGCCUCUAUCUUCAAUAAUUCAGCUAUUAUGAUCAUUUCAGCAUCCGACAAUUCCUUUCAUGGCAAUCUCCCAACCAACAUAGGCCUCACCCUGCCAAAUCUGAAUGCAUUAGGUGUUGGGAAAAACAAGUUCUAUGGUAACUUUCCAACUUCAAUCACAAAUGCUUCCGGGCUCGAGGUACUUGAUCUUUCCAAAAAUAAGUUUGCAGGCCAAAUUCCAACUAAUUUAGGAGAUCUGAAACAACUUCAAAUAUUAUAUCUUAAUGAUAACCUCUUCGGCAGUAAUUCUACAGGAGACUUGGAUUUUAUUGCAUCACUGACCAACUGCAGUAAUCUCAGAAUUACUGACUUGGGGGGCAAUAAAUUUGGAGGUAACAUACCUAAAGUCACGGGCAAUCUAUCAAAUCAACUUACAACACUCUACCUAGGAGGAAACCAACUAUCGGGAACCAUCCCAGAAGGAUUUGGAAAUUUUUUCAACCUAUUUGUACUUGGCCUUCAAGAAAACAUUCUUUCUGGGGUCAUUCCAAGAGAUUUUGGCAAAUUACAAAACAUGCAAGGUUUGAGUCUGCACCAAAAUGAGUUGUCAGGACAGAUAGUCUCUACUCUAUGUAAUGCCACUGCUCUAUACUAUCUGGACUUAUCAUUUAACCAGUUUGAAGGGGGCAACAUAUUUGACACUGUUCUUAUGAACUGUCAAAAUUUGCAGUAUCUGGAUAUAUCUCACAACAAAUUCACUGGAAUUAUAUCACCACAGUUUUUGCAGACGCACUCAUCACUGACGUACUUGAAAUUUGGUGAAAAUUCGUUUAUUGGUUCUCUGCCUCCUGAAGUUGGAAAGCUUAUACACUUGGUGGAUUUCAAUGUUUCCCACAACCAAGUUUCCGGAGAUAUACCCAUGUCACUUGCUGAUUGUUCAAAUCUGGAGAAUCUUUCCAUGCAAGCCAAUUUUUUCCAAGGAACAAUUCCACCAAAUUUGGCUUCUUUGAAGAGCAUCCAGCAAAUAGACCUUUCAAGUAAUAACUUGACUGGAUCAAUACCAAAAGAACUUGAGAAGCUUCAAUUUUUGAGGUACUUAAACCUUUCCUACAACGACAUCGAGGGAGAGAUACCGAACAGAGGGAUUUUCAUCAAUGCAAAUCAAAUAUCAUUGAUUGGCAACAACAAACUCUGUGGAGGCAUUCCAGAAUUGGAGUUCCCACCUUGCCCAGUUAUCAGAGGGAAAAACAGAGGAAAGCUGAAGGUUAUCAUAUUGCUGUCCAUUCUUUUACCGGCAACGCUCCUGGUUCUUGGUACAGCGUUGUUAUAUUUCUUCGUUUGUCAAAAAGGAGAAAGAAAAAUGGCAGCCGGAUUCUUUAGCAUGCCCACAAGAGUCGAUAAGCUCCUGCGAAUUUCUUACCAUGAACUUCAUCGCGCAACUUCAGGAUUUUCUCCAGAAAACUUGAUUGGUUCAGGAAAUUUUGGAGCUGUCUACAAAGGAAGGCUAGAAAAACAUGGCAGCAAGCUUGUAGCAGUCAAAGUUCUUGAUCUUCAAAAGAAUGGGGCUUCCAAAAGUUUUAAGGCCGAGUGCAAAACAUUGAGAAAUAUUCGCCAUAGAAACCUCGUCUCUAUUGUGAGUUAUUGCUCCAGUAUUGAUUCCAAGGGUGAUGAAUUCAAAGCUCUAGUCUAUGAGUAUAUGGAAAAUGGAAAUCUGGACCUGUGGCUGCAUCCGGAGACAGCUGAUCAAGCAACAAGCUCAAGAAGCCUUAGUCUUUCUCAGAAGCUGAAUAUUGCAAUUGAUGUGGCUUCAGCAUUGCAGUAUCUUCACAACCACUGUGAAGCAGAGAUUGUUCAUUGUGAUCUAAAACCAAGUAACAUUCUUCUUGACAAUGAUCUUGUAGCACAUGUGGGUGAUUUUGGAUUGGCAAGGCUUCUCCCGAAACCCACCAACAUAUCUUCCGAGCAAGGAACCAGCAGUACUAUUGCUAUGAAAGGAACAAUCGGUUACGCUGCCCCAGAGUACGGAAUGGGUGUUGCGGCAUCAACUCUGGGGGAUGUCUACAGCUAUGGAAUUCUUUUGCUGGAGAUGAUCACAAGGAAAAGGCCAACAGAUGAUAUGUUCAUGGACGAGCUUGAUCUACAUAAUUUUGUUAAUAGAGCCUUGUCUGGACACGUUUAUGAGAUCGUGGACCCUUUGCUUCUGUCUAAAGCAGGUGAUGAAAACAAAAGAACGACUGCUGGAGGGGAUGAAACUGAUGGUGGAAGGAAGAUGGAUUGUGUUAUUUCCCUGUUGAAAAUCGGGCUCAAAUGCUCAGAGAAAUCGCCAAAUGAUCGGAUGCACAUGAAUGAAGUAGUCGGAAAAUUGCAUCAUAUUAAGGAUGUUUUUCUUGGUGUCAGGGCAUAUCAAAAAAAUCUUGAAGCUUCAUAGCCACAGCUGUUUGUUUGUUGGUCUGAGUCUCCGAGCUGAAGUUGCUAGUCUGAUGAGUUGAUAACGAAGACACCUUUUGUUGAAUUGUCAAGCAUUGCGGCUUGACUUGUGGCAAAAUUUUUUGUCUCACGUCAGAUGCUGCGUAAGGAAGUUAUUCUUCCUUUCAUCCCACAUCGCAGUAAAUAGCAGGAAAGGCUCCGAUAGAGAGCCUAUAAAUAGAAGAGGCCUCUGAAGGUUUUAACUCGCACCACUCAAGAAAGUUAUAUGGGUUA